AUGACAAAAUCAUCCAGCCCAUAUGAACAGUAUCCUCAAGAAAAUCUUCAACAUAAAUCGAAAUACCUGUUAGGGUAUGGCGCUAAGUUCACUCCUAUGGUUAUCACGCGCGCCGAAGGAUCAUAUGUGUACUCUGGAGACAAAAAGAUCCUUGACUUUACCUCUGGUCAAAUGUCUACUUUGUUAGGGCAUGGACACCCUGAAAUCUGUGAAACAAUUUCUCAACAUGCGUAUCAUUUAGACCACCUGUUCAGUGCUAUGUUGUCUCCCCCAGUUUUGGAAUUAGCAGAGAAACUCACCAACCUGCUUCCAAAAGGGUUAGAUAAAGCUAUGUUCUUGAGUACUGGCUCCGAAGCAAACGAGGCAGCCAUAAAGUUAGCCAAAGUAUACACUGGGAAAUUUGAAGUUGUCGGAUUAUCAUUAUCGUGGCACGGCAUGACAGGAGUAUCUGGUGGAACAACCUAUCAGGAUGGCCGGAAGAACCACGGCCCUACAAUGCCUGGAAACUUGAUUUUGCCAGCUCCAAAUGCAUACAGAUCUAUUUUUCGGAAGCAAGAUGGAUCCUAUGAUUGGGAAACAGAGAUGGACUAUGGGUUCAGUUUGAUUGACGCAGCUUCUGUGGGUUCCUUAGCCGCCGUUAUUGUAGAACCUGUCAUGAGUUCUGGUGGUAUGAUCGUUCUUCCAGAUGGUUACUUGAAAAGUUUAUACACCCAUUGUAAAAAGAGAGGAAUGCUUUUGAUUGUGGAUGAAGCUCAGACAGCUAUCGGCAGAUGUGGUUCGAUGUUUGGGUUUGAAGCCUCUGGUAUUGUUCCAGACAUUUUGACGCUAAGCAAAACCUUAGGAAACGGUUUACCGUUAUCAGCUGUAGUUACUUCUGACAAAAUAGCACAGAAGGCUGCUGAUGAGCGUUUUUUGUUCUACACUACCCAUGUAAACGAUCCACUACCAUGUGCAGUUGGUGCAAAGGUCUUGGAUAUUGUAAUUCGAGACAAUUUGAUCCAAAGCUCUGCAGAAAUGGGGGCUCUAUUCAGAUCAGAAUUGAGACAGUUGCAGAACAUCUAUAAACAAAUUGGAGAUGUUAGGGGCCGUGGCUUGAUGACUGGUGUUGAGAUCAUCAAGCCGGAAACCAAAGAAGCUGACGGAGAACUAGCUGAAAGACUAGCCGAUACGAUGAUGGAACUUGGACUCUCGGCCAACUUGAUAUCUGUCCCCGCGUUCGGCGGUGUAUUGAGAAUUGCGCCUCCUAUCACUGUUUCUAAAGAAGAAAUCAUGCAAGGUGUGGCCAUUUUUAGUAAAAGUUUAGAAGAAAUUUUAGGCUAA